AAUCAGUACGGAGAGCCGAGAAGUUAUUACCUCCAAUUAGGGCUAGGGUUCUCAAUUUCAAUUCCGAACUAAGGUUUUAGAUUUUCCCUUCACAGUGAACAGACGACGACGAGGGUAAUGGGAAGGCACAGAAGCCGUAGCAGGAGUUACAGCCCCGUGCGACGUAAACGCCACGACGAACCACGUGACCGUCGCCACGACCGUCGCUCUCCCGCACCUUCUGGCCUUCUUGUUCGUAACAUCUCCCUUAGUGCCAGGCCAGAAGAUGUCAGGGUCCCCUUUGAACGUUUUGGUCCUGUAAAAGAUGUCUAUCUGCCCAAGAAUUACUAUACUGGGGAACCACGAGGAUUUGGCUUUGUGAAGUUCCGUUAUGCGGAAGAUGCAGCUGAAGCAAAAGCACACUUAAACUGUACAGUUAUUGGUGGACGUGAAAUUAGAAUUGUUUUUGCGGAGGAGAAUCGAAAGACCCCUCAAGAAAUGAAUAGGGUUUUACGCACAAGUGGACCUAGUGCUCGAGGCAGCUAUAGGAGACACAGUCCACAAAGGUUCCCAAGUCGCAGAUAUCACUCUUACUCGCGCUCGGCUUCCCCGGCACGACGCGACUCAAGGGACAGGGAUCGUGAGAAUCGGGAUGAUUACUAUUCUCCAAGGAGAUGCAGGUCAAAAUCUCCAUCUGUUUCUCUAAGGGAUGAAAGAAAUUAUAGGUUGAAUGGAAGAUCUUCGAGACAGUCCCGGCAAAUGUCCAGGUCAAAUUCUCCACGCAUUCAGAAAAAAGGUAGGUCUAGCCCGAGUCCAAGAGAUAAUAGUCCGAUUGCUCAUGAUGUGGACUCUGCCCCAAGGAGGCUCGAGAGACCUGGAAGAAAUGCAGACAGCUCAGCCAGAUCUCGCUCUAGGUCCUACAGUCCCCGUUGAUGAUUUGGUCUUCGUUAUCACCAUCUGCUGGUCUUUUUGGAGGUUUUGGGACAAGUAUCUGCAAUAUCUUGAUAUAGAGGAUUGGCUACAUAUGCAAAACUAUAGUAGAUUAGAACCUUACGGUUAUGUCUGUUAUGCUCGUGUUUUCUUUCUUUUUGUUAUCUCAGGUUGAACUGAUGGACUUGUAAUAUAAACAUGGUCAUUGGUUAACAUUAGCUAUUUUCUGUUUUUAUCGUACUAGUUCUCUAAAUUUUAA